UUGGGAAGGGAAGGAGGUGUUUUCUAUGAAAGACUGAAUCUUCGUUUUAUGUGACAAAUUUGAUUAAUUAUUCAUUAUUCUUCGGUGUAAAUCAUGCACAUCAGCUGUGUUAUAUGCAGUGAUUUAUUCGUACCUGUGUCUGAUGUUUUCGUAACAGGUUGUGGCCAUCUGUUCCAUUACCCAUGUUUGAUUCAAUGGAUUGAGAGAUCCAAGUCCUGUCCACAGUGUCGAAAUAAGACUACUGAGAAGACAAUCCAUCGAAUUUAUUUUAAUGUUGCAAGCAGUGAAACAGAGGAAGAUGUUAGUCUUAUGCAUAACAAGAUUGAUAAUCUGAAAUUUCAGAUUCAUCUUAAAGAUACAGAUAUUAAAAAUACUGCUGAAGAAAAUCAAAAAUUGACCAAUCAAAAUAAGGGAUUAAGGGAAGAAAUCAAAACAUUGGAAGUUAAGAUUCGUUCACUGGAAUCAUCAAUGUCAGUAUUUAAGGAUCAAAUUAGAUAUCUACGACUACAAAACAAAGCUGCAGAAGAUGCUCAGGAGGAGGCAAAGAAACUCCGUAAAGAACUGGAAACUUUGAAAAGUAUUCAGAUAAUUGUCCAAGGAACCACAGCAGAAGUUGAAGACAUGCUGGAUAAACAUGGAGAUUCGUAUGAUUCAAGAAAAUCUUUGGCAACUUAUGUGUCAGUUCUUAAAAGAGAAAUUCAAGCAGCGUCAGAGAAAAAGAGAGAUUUUAGAGACCGGCUAAAAAUAUAUCAUCGGGAUCUGAGUGCAGCCAUAUUAGAAAAGAAUAGAUUAAAUGAAGAUUUAAAACUUAAAUCAAAGCUGAAUAAGCAGCUGGAAGACGAUUUGCAACAUUUGGAACAUGAGAAGAAAAGCCUUCAAAAGAAAAUACAUGAUCUUGAAAAAGCCAUCUCCUCACCCAGUGGCAAAAAUCCCCGAGACAGCGCUCUUCAGAGACUCAUAUUGGAAAGUCCUAUACCUGAGGCAGUCAAGAUACCAAGACUGACUGAUCCUGCUGAAACUGACACAUCAACUUCAACAAUGUUUGGAGCCCUACUAUCACCAGAAUCCAAAGCACAGCAGAAGUUUGAACCUGCAUCACCAUACCUGAAUAUUAAAUCUUGCAGCUUUGGUCUGACUCCCCUAAAGGGUUCUCAGAGCAUGAAUCUACAAUUGCCUUCUGGCAGCAAUAAGUUCAGCAUAUUCAGGAAACCAAAUCAUGAAAGGCCAAAUUCUUCAGCGGCUGCAAAUCCUGAAGAAGCAUAUGAUGGUUUAGGUGGCCAUUCAAAAGCUGAUUUAUUUCCCAUACCCAGUACCAAAUUUAAACCAACAAACAAAAAGUUGAAGCCCAUCUCAAUUUCAAAAACAAAAAAGCAAGUUACAGUCUCACAUAAAUUAGAAAUGUUUUUUGAUUCAACAUGAAUUUAAGAGAUUCUUCCAGUGCCAGUUCUAGCUAAUAAAUGCUAAGCACACAAGGGAAUUAUAGAAUUUAAGCUCUAUCAUGGGUAACAGUAUACAAGUCAACCGAUUUGCCUCCUGGGCUCUAACACUACGCUGUUUUCUAACAUUUCAAUAUUUCUUCAUAAGUUUGUCCAAAACAUGGUGCUAUAACCCAUGAGGCUAUACUUGUUAAUCCUGACUUUGCAUGUAUUGUAUGAAAUUUUGGAAAGGAGAGGAAUGGGAGUUAUUUAUUUUGUGUUAAUAAACACUUUUAUGCAAUUCUGUAAUUUAAUUUAUUAAACCAUAGUUG